CACAAGCAACAACACAAACAACACAACAACAACCCCAACAUGGUCGACUUUGACUGGUACAUCAGUCCAGCAGAACGCUUCUCUGCAGAGACGCAGUUUGCGAAAUAUAGCCAGGAUGAGGAUGAGGUUGCUUGUACGUAUCCGCGGGGGAUUAGCGGCUGUUUGGAGGGAGGGCUUGCGCUGGGCAGGCUGUGGGACUUCAGCGAAUUCAAAAAGAGCUGCGGCUUCGUCGAAAAACACAUAGUCGAAAUACAUAUCAAACGCCUAACCGCCUACCUCUCCACCCCAUGCACCGCAGUAUCCCAGCUCGGCCCGCUCUUCCAACUCUGUGAAAGUUGUUUUUUCUUUUUCUGCCUGCGAACGCCGGCGCCGUGCGCGUGCUCCCAACCAGGUUUAGCCGAUAGAGGAUGGACGUAUGUAGCCUGCCGUGUGAGUCCCCUUUUUUUCGUUCUGUUGUCAUCUAUUCAAUACACCUUGCUGCACACAUCUUUGGAUCGCCUGCCUGCCCUUUGGCAUCCACCGCCUGCCCACAUGCGGAUGGACGACAUGUCCGGUCUCGCCCUGCCCGCCGCGACCGAGCAUGUCUCGAGUUCGCUUUGCCUGCCUGCCUGCCAUGCCCGUCUGCCCGCUUGCCCGCUGCCUGCCUGCCUGCUACCGCCAUCGCCGCACCUCCGCACCUCGCAUCGCCUGCCUGCCGCCACGCCGCCCGCUAGCCCGUCGCCGCCCCACGGCUGACACUCAUUGACGACGUGCGCCGGGGAUGGUGGUUCGCCCCACGACGCCAAUGAGAAUUAUUUGACCACCACUCUCGUGCGACGAAAC